GCUUGCCCAUUGGUCGCCGCGCCCAAACUUCCGGCGUGCGCGGCGGCGCCGCUUCCUUUUCCGGUCGGCCAUUUUCCUGGCGACAGGCCCCUGCAGCCAUGGCGCCCAGCCGCAAUGGCAUGAUCUUGAAGCCGCACUUCCACAAGGACUGGCAGCGACGGGUCGCCACAUGGUUCAACCAGCCCGCCCGCAAGAACCGCAGGAGGAAGGCCCGCCAGGCCAAGGCUCGCCGCAUCGCCCCCCGGCCCGUGGCUGGGCCCAUCCGCCCCAUAGUGAGGUGCCCGACUAUCAGAUACCACAAAAAAGUUCGUGCUGGCAGAGGUUUCAGCCUGGAGGAGCUUAAACUCGCUGGCAUCAACAAGAGGUUUGCCCGGACCAUUGGCAUCGCUGUGGAUCCCCGGAGGCGCAACAAGUCCACAGAGUCCCUGCAGGCCAACGUGCAGAGGCUGAAGGAGUACCGCUCCAAACUCAUCCUCUUCCCCAGGAAGCCAGCCAUGCCCAAGAAGGGAGACAGCUCUGCUGAGGAACUCAAGAUGGCAACGCAGCUGACGGGCCCAGUGAUGCCGAUCAAGAAUGUCUUCAAACGCGAGAAGGCUCGUGUCAUCUCGGAGGACGAGAAGAACUUCAAAGCCUUCGCCAGCCUGCGCAUGGCCAGGGCCAACGCGCGGCUCUUCGGCAUCCGCGCCAAGCGCGCCAAGGAGGCGGCCGAGCAGGACGUGGAGAAGAAGAAAUGAGCUGCUCUGCCUAGAGCUGCCAAUAAAGUGGAGGGAGAGGA